AUGCUGAAGAUUGUGAUUGUGGUGGCGCUGUUGGCGACGGGGACGGGGAAGACAUGGAGCGAAGGAGAGCGGAUACACGAGAACCACCUGAGAUCUCGCACAUCACCUGCCCUCUCAUGCUGCAUCCUGCUACAGCCAACCUCGCUGUUCGUCUCGUACUCACCUGCGGUGAACGUGGAGGUCGGGGUAUCGGAGCAGUGCGCAAGCGGGAAGAGGGAGUCAAGGCUGGAUGUCAACGGACAGACUGUCAGCCAGGUUGUGUGCCCCUCUCGCUUCACUGUGAACUUGGAGCAGCAUGGCCUGUACAACCUCACGCUCAGUGAGGCCAGCGGGGCAAAGAGCUCAGUGAGUUUCUUUGUGGCCCACAAGGAUUUCUCUAAUGAGCGGAUAUGGAGCCCUGCCAGCCUGUCCCUUCACUCUGAUCAGAACAGGCCGCACGAUGACGGGAAGGAGUGCGUAGAGGGGGCUGAUACAAAGUUCUGGGUGUUCGUAGCUGCAUGGAAUGCAGCAAGAUGGGUGAACACGACACUGUCAAGUCUUCGCCAACAGACCCACUGUAACUUCUUCUGUGUUGUUGUGGACGACGCGUCAACAGACAGUACGAGCUCGGUCGUGCAGGAGAUGAUACGGGGGGACGAGAGGUUCACCUUAAUGAACAACAACAAGAGGCUCGGGGCGGCUCGGAACUUCUUCCAGCACAUCUCCGAGCACACAAGCCGCAUGAGCGAUGAAGAUGUGAUCGUGUUCCUCGACGGAGAUGACUGGCUCGCCGACCAGAACGUCCUUCUCCACCUGGCUGAAGACUACUACCGAAACACGAGCUGCUGGAUGACCUACGGAAGCCUAGUCUACUUCCCGCAUGGCAUCGCCUCUAUCUCUCCUCCUUUCCCACCGAGUAAGUUCGAGUGGAUCAGCACGCACCUCCGAACCGUCAAGUUCAAGGUCUGGAGGAACCUACGAGAAGAAGACUUCAGGGGGCCCGAAGGGCGCUUCCUUGACAUGACUGUCGACAUGGCCAUAAUGUUCCCGUCCCUCGAGAUGGCGGCAGGACGAGCUUGUGCUGUGCAACGCGUGAUGUACGUGUACAACAUGGCGAACGAGCACAAUGACUUCCGCGUCAGUGAGAAGCGACAGCUGCAGCUCGAACACUUCAUUCGCAACAAGCCCAGCUACAAGCCGCUGUUAUGGUGGUAG